GGGCGACUGUAGUGUGUACUGACCAGAACUGGUCAAUUGUCGUUCACUCCGAAACGGUCACUCGAACGACACACACGACACUCACAGCCAUGUCUGACGAUCAGGUUGAUUUAGUUGCCAGGGAUCCCAAUGGACUUAACGGCCAUUUGGGGACUCUUCUGUUCAACGAUGUCCUUGGUGAGCCCGAUGGUACCCACAGUAUCGACUGCGUCUGGAAGCUGUCCUACACAUGUUUCGAGUGCUGGAAGGGACUUUGCUACAAGCUCCUAACUCUCUUCUGUGGAAUCUGUAUUGCGGCGGAAUGGGGCUGUGAGUUCGCCUACAUUGCUUUCUACCACAUCUGGUUCAUCACACCAUGCAUGAAGGUCUGCGAGAUCAACUGUGGACUCUGCCAGAAGCUCUACACUCUCGUUAUAAACUGCUGCAUACAACCAUGUACGGAGGCGUGUGGUGGAAUCUUCGUCCAUUUCAAGAAAUGAUCCGUCUGAGGAAACAAUUGGAGGCGAUGGACACUUUAAUUACGAACUAUAAGUUCAUAUUGGCAUAACAACAGCACAUGGACCUUUAUGGAUUAUUUAUGACUGAUGUAAAAACAAAUUGUGCACGCAUGCACAGUUCUCAUGACGUCAUAAGAUAUAAAGCCAAUAUGAAGCGUCUCCCGAUACCAAACCAAUGUGCCAAACACAUAGUAUUUGUACAAAAAGACAUGUCAGAGGAAUAUGUGUAAAUAAAUAAUUUAAAAUAG